CAGGUAUAUUGAUUUGGUAUUUGUAUCCACUGAGGGAGAAAAUAAAGGAUUAUCUUAUCUUAUUUGAUCUUAUCAUUAGGCAGAAGAAGCUACAUAAAUUAGAGAGAACACAAAAUCAAAAACCUUACAUGCAUGAAUGAAAAAAAAAAUACAUCAAUAAGUAUUAGUGAGUGUAGAAUAACAAAGAAGACAUGAAAUGGAUGUUAAGUGUGGAAAAAAAUCAUUUCAACAGAAGUCAAGAAUACUCUGGAGAAGGUAGAUAUAGUAUUGUCAAAAUCUACAAUAAAGAGAUACCUUUAUCAUAAUAGAGGGUUUACAUCAAAGUACAAACAUUCAAGGACAGAAAAAAUAACAAAGCUGUUGUAAUCCAAUCCAAAGAGUAUCACCAUAUAAUGUGUUAAACAUGGUGGAGGCAGUAUUAUGGCAUGGGCAUGUAUGGCUGCGGAAUGAGAUCUACUAGUGGUUUUUGAUCAUAUGACAGAAGUAGCAGGAUCAAUUCUGAGAUAUACAGUGCUUUAUUCUCAGUGGUUGUUACUUAAAACACCAACAGACAUUUCAACAAAAGAUAUGAUAAAAAUGAUAUUCAAAUAAAUUGUAUUCACAAUGUUAUGCAGCGCCACUACUUCAUUUCAUGCUUGCGUAUUAUACUGACACCCAAAUAAAAGGUUUGUGUGCACUGGCUGGUAAAGAUUUACCAGUUUUAAUUAUGACAAAAGAUGUGCAAAUUAAACUGUGAUAAUAAAUAAGCAAGGAGUCAGGUACAUGUUUAGCCUAAAAAUAAAAAAAAUGCAGCCCAAACAGAUGAUACAGAACACAGAGCCCAUCAGAGGCCAUAGUUUUAAUGUUACGACGUCAUUACCUCAAGAUUGAAGCCAUAUAACCACAAAGGCGCAUGGAGAAAAUUAGGAGGGAUGAAAUGUUCUUGUUUUCUGUGCGCAGCGAAGCGUGUUUUUCAAGGUAAAUAUUCUUCAUCCAGCAUGAAAUAGCAGCUCUUUGUUGUUUGCUCAGAGGUAAAGAGGCGGAAAAGUGAGCAGGAUCUGAACUGGUUUCCAUGUCAAACACUUCAAUUCACCAUAGAAACUUAGAUCUUAACGCGGAAACUUUAUUAAACUGUGAUGGUGGAUUGAUAAGGGCCGAAUUUCUAUCGGCCUCUUUUUAUUGUGGGCACCGGGCGGGCUGACAGAGGUAAAUUGCUCUUUUAAUUAAAGCAAUGCACCAGGGGAAAUUGCUGUCUGAAUAUUGUCUCAGAGAUGGGGGCCAGUGACAGUUGCCUGGAAACUUCAAUCUGUCCACCCGCAUUUAUUCCAGAUCACAGUUAUGAGAUAAAGUUUAAUAAAAAUCUUUUCCUGCGCCUCCAACGAAAUGAAAUCCAACCCUUUCUGAACAUCUGAACACAAUGAGACAGGACUGCGAAGGAAACCUCAUGUUCAACAUGUAUCUCUCAGAUCCAACAGAAAAUCUAUUAAAAGAAAGUAAAGGAACAUCUUGGGGCCCAAUAAACACAGGAGUGCAGAAAGGGAGCGGGCAGAUCCAGCUGUGGCAGUUCCUGCUGGAGCUGCUCUCCGACGGCAGCAACGCUGCCUGCAUCGCCUGGGAAGGAACCAACGGGGAGUUCAAGCUGGUGGACCCGGACGAGGUGGCCCGGCGCUGGGGCGAGCGCAAGAGCAAGCCCAACAUGAACUACGACAAGCUGAGCAGGGCGCUGCGCUACUACUACGACAAAAACAUCAUGACAAAAGUGCACGGGAAGAGAUACGCCUACAAGUUUGAUUUCCACGGCCUGGCGCAGGUGUGCCAGCCGUCCACCACCGAGCAGGCCAUCUACAAGUUCCAGGGGAACUUCUCCCCGAUCCCCUUCUCCGGGAUCUCCAAGCUGAACCUGCACGUGGGCCCCGGCGUGGGGCCCUCGGGCUUCUCGUACUGGCCCAGCUCGCCCCCCGCAGCUCUGUACCACAGCCACAACCUGCAGCCUCCCUUCGGGACCGUGUCUCCAUCUCACAUCAGCUGCGUCAACAACAUCAGCAGCCUGGCCAACAUCAACAACCACUACAACUGACUCUGCACUGCAAAAACUCUAACUCUUGACAAGAAUAGUUGCCUUAUUUAUAGUUAAAAUGUCUCAUUUUUAGUAAAA